CCGGAGCUCUAAUCCAAAAAAUUUUUCCAAAGCAACAAAGAAAAGUUCGCACGCUGGCACCGCGGCCGGGACAGGCAGACACUGCUGCCGGUCCCCCUCUCUCCGACACUUGAGUCAACCUUGAGAGCAAGUGUGUGUGUGUGUGUGUGUGUGUGUGUGCAGUGUGCCUCCACUCCCCGCCCCAGUAACUUCCCUAGCGAAUAACAAAUACCCAGAAGGUCCCGGUCGCGCAGCCCCUCCCCGCGGGCAGCGCACUAUGCGGCUCUGGUGGGCGUCCCUGCUGCUGUGCGCUUUCCGUCUGUCCCUGGCCGCGGCACCUGCCCAGGAUAAAGCCGGGCCGCCUCGGGCUGCUGCAGCGGCCGCCCAGCCCCGCCGGCAGCAGGGGGAGGAGGCGCUGGAGCCAGCUGACCCUCCCCGCCAUCCGCAGCCGCCGGGGGUGCCGCAGCGCCGGAGCAGCGGGCUUGUACAGAACAUCGACCAGCUCUACUCGGGAGGUGGCAAGGUGGGCUACCUGGUCUACGCGGGCGGCCGGAGAUUCCUCCUGGACCUGGAAAGGGAUGGUUCUCUGGGCGCUGCUGGCUUAGUGCCGGCUGGAGGCGGGCUGAGCGCACCUCGGCGCCACCGGGACCACUGCUUCUACAGAGGCACUGUGGACGGCAGCUCCCGCUCCCUGGCUGUUUUUGACCUCUGCGGUGGUCUGGACGGUUUCUUCGCAGUCAAGCACGCGCGCUACACCCUGAAGCCUCUGCUGCGCGGGCCCUGGGCCGAGGCGGAAGCUGAGCGGGUGUACGGUGAUGAGUCUUCGCGGAUCCUGCACGUCUAUACCCGAGAAGGUUUCAGCUUCGAGGCCCUGCCAUCACGCGCCAGCUGCGAGACUCCGGCAUCGCCACCAAGGACCCACAAGCGGCCCAUGACGCACGUCAGCCCUGCUGGACACGCAGCGCCGGCCCCACAGCUCUCCGAUUCCUCUGCUCUCUCACGAGCAGUGGACGGACCUGGACCACAGACGUGGUGGAGGAGACAGCGCCGCUCCAUCUCCCGGUCUCGCCAGGUGGAGCUGCUCCUAGUGGCUGACGCGACCAUGGCACGGAUGUAUGGCCGGGGCCUGCAACAUUACUUGUUGACCCUGGCCUCCAUCGCCAACCGUCUGUACAGCCACGCCAGCAUCGAAAACCACAUCCGCCUGGCGGUGGUGAAAGUAGUGGUGUUGGGCGACAAGGACAAGAGUCUGGAGGUGAGCAAGAACGCGGCCACCACGCUCAAGGACUUCUGCAAGUGGCAGCACCAGCACAACCAGCUGGGGGAGGACCACGAGGAGCACUACGAUGCCGCGAUCUUGUUCACUCGGGAGGAUUUAUGUGGGCAUCAUUCCUGUGACACACUGGGAAUGGCAGACGUUGGGACCAUAUGCUCUCCGGAGCGCAGCUGUGCUGUGAUUGAAGAUGAUGGGCUCCACGCAGCUUUCACCGUGGCUCACGAAAUUGGACAUCUCCUUGGCCUGUCUCACGAUGAUUCCAAAUUCUGUGAAGAGAACUUUGGCUCCACGGAAGAUAAGCGCUUAAUGUCAUCCAUCCUCACCAGUAUCGAAGCCUCCAAGCCGUGGUCCAAGUGUACCUCAGCCACCAUCACAGAGUUUCUGGAUGAUGGCCAUGGUAACUGCUUGCUAGACCUGCCACGAAAGCAGAUCCUGGGCCCUGAAGAACUCCCAGGACAGACCUACGAUGCCACUCAGCAGUGCAACCUGACGUUCGGGCCCGAGUACACCGUGUGUCCUGGAAUGGACGUGUGUGCCCGCCUGUGGUGUGCAGUGGUACGCCAGGGCCAGAUGGUGUGCCUCACCAAGAAGCUGCCUGCUGUGGAGGGCACACCCUGUGGGAAGGGCAGGAUUUGCCUGCAGGGCAAAUGUGUGGACAAAACCAAGAAAAAAUAUUACUCAACAUCAAGCCAUGGUAACUGGGGGUCCUGGGGUCCCUGGGGCCAGUGUUCUCGAUCGUGUGGAGGAGGAGUACAGUUUGCCUACCGCCACUGCAAUAACCCUGCACCCAGAAACAAUGGCCGGUACUGCACAGGGAAGAGGGCCAUCUAUCGCUCCUGCAGCGUUGCACCCUGUCCUCCCAAUGGUAAAUCUUUUCGACAAGAGCAAUGUGAGGCCAAAAAUGGCUAUCAGUCUGAUGCAAAAGGAGUCAAAACGUUUGUGGAAUGGGUUCCCAAAUAUGCAGGUGUCCUCCCAACUGAUGUUUGCAAACUGACCUGCAGAGCCAAGGGCACCGGCUACUAUGUGGUCUUCUCUCCAAAGGUGACAGAUGGAACUGAAUGUAGACCCUACAGUAAUUCUGUGUGUGUGAGGGGGAGGUGCGUGCGAACCGGCUGUGACGGCAUUAUUGGAUCAAAGCUUCAGUAUGACAAGUGUGGAGUAUGUGGAGGAGACAACUCUAGUUGCACAAAGGUUAUCGGAACCUUCAAUAAAAAAAGUAAGGGUUAUACUGAUGUUGUGAGGAUUCCAGAAGGGGCCACUCAUAUCAAAGUUCGACAGUUCAAAGCCAAAGACCAGACUAGAUUCACUGCCUACUUAGCCUUGAAGAAGAAAAAUGGUGAGUACCUUAUCAAUGGAAAGUACAUGAUCUCCACUUCAGAGACCAUCAUUGACAUCAAUGGAACAGUCAUGAACUACAGCGGUUGGAGCCACCGAGAUGACUUUCUACAUGGUAUGGGAUAUUCAGCCACCAAGGAAAUUCUCAUAGUACAGAUUCUUGCAACAGAUCCAACUAAAUCUUUAGAUGUCCGUUACAGCUUUUUUGUUCCCAAAAAGUCCACUCAAAAACUCAACUCUGUCACUAACUAUGGCAGCAAUAAAGUGGGAUCACACACUUCCCAGCUUCAGUGGGUGACAGGUCCAUGGCUUGCCUGUUCUAGGACCUGUGACACAGGCUGGCACACCAGGACGGUGCAAUGCCAGGAUGGAAACCGGAAGUUAGCAAAGGGAUGCCUUCUGUCUCAGAGGCCUUCUGCUUUUAAGCAAUGUUUGCUAAAGAAAUGUUAGCCUGUGGUUGUGUUGUUAUGGAUUCAUCGCCGAUACAGUAGUGGAGAACGAGAAGUCCACCUAAUGCAUAGAAAGUCGUGCUUCUGUGUCAAUGUCCACAGGAGCUGAAUUACGGGUGGAAUUUGCUCUCUGCGACCAAAUGAAAAUGUGUACUGCUUCAUGUGACAACAGUAACCCUGCAAAACAGAAAUGCUUGGGAGUUACUGACUGUUCCCUGGCCUACUAGAAGGAGAAGAAAAAGAAGCAACAAUCCAUGUAGAUUCAGGGGACAUUCGAAUAUGGCAGAACAGUACCCCCCCCUUGUCACCUACCUCUAUGGAAUGCCUUUAAAGGCAUCAUAAUCAUUGUCACACAUGACACAGUCGCUUAUUUUUACUGUUUGUAAAUAUGUUCUCCUUUGGUAUGUCACUUUAUAUCACAUGGUUCUAUUACAUAUAUAUGUACAUAUAUAUAUAAGAAUAUAUAUGCACACACAUAUAAAUAUAUUUCUAUUAAAGAAGUUUGACCAAAGUAGGUCUGCAGCUAUUUCAACUCCUGCUAGUUUCCAGAAAGAGCUGUGGAUGUUUUACUGGAAGUUAAGGACUUGCUGCUGUUUUAGUAAGAUUUAGUAUACUUUCUGAAUACAGGAGAUAAAUUUUUAGUCAAAAAUCAUUUUAACAGCAAGCAUUUUCUGAGAAAUUUUGACAGAGGAUCUCAGUGUAUCUAGUCCAUUAACUAUAUAAAUAGGUACAUUUACUCUAACUUGUGACUGUCUGUAUUUUCAGACAGCCAAAUUAAAGAAUAAUGAGGAUGUAGAUGUAGCAUUGUGUGCGUGUGUCAUCAGUAUUCAACAGUCUAAAAUUAGGUUUUCUUACUUUGAAAUUUAAGAAAAAACACCCAUUUUACCAUGUUUUCAAUUUAUAUUUUCACAAUUGCUUUUUCUGUGUCUAUGGGUCCGAGAUGAUAUUUUAUAGAGUAUAACACAGAUAGAUAUAAAAUACACAACAAAGAAGUUUCUCUCACGUCCAACACUGGUCUGUCUCUUACAAGUAAGCCUUCAAGCUCUCUUUGUUUUCAUGUGUUUGUGUUAAGAGAUUCCAUAGAUCCAUCCUUGCUGACAUGGUUUAAUAGGAAUAUUGAAUAUCACUUGGUGGUUAAUCACAUCUAAAAUUGGUUAAUAUCAUCAAAGUGAUUAAAUGUUCAUGGUUAAUAUAAAUAAGACUGUUUCCACACCAUAGGCAAUAAUUCCUCAAUUAUUAUUACUACAAGUAUAUUAUUCUUACUAUACUAAUAAUUUUUCCCAAAUUGAAGGCAUUUGAUUGUACCAGGAAAUGCUUUAACACAUAACUAUAUGCAUUAAAAAUCUGUUUUUUUGAUAAAUGCUUCCCUCCCAUCCUGUAAUUCAGAAAAACCUAAGGUGGUUAAUUUUCUCAGAUUACUUUUUCUUGGAGACAUACCAAAAAAACCAUUUAAAAAAAUAAAAUUUGACAAUAAGAAUGCCAAAGAUGCCUAAAGAUUUGCAU